AAGGCGGCCCAAUAAUGAGCAAAAGCCCAUAGUAGUCCAUAAAGUGGGAUUCCACUUUCCAAUUACAAAUAUUUCCACACAUCUCCUUCUCCACGCUUUUCGUUGAAACCUGAAAGCAUUUCAACAGACUAUUUCUAAAACUGUAAGCACUCGCUUCUUCUGCUCACUUUGUGUAUUAUUUUUCCAGGAUGGACGAUGGGAUCGACACAAAGCUUCUUCGACACGAAGAAGAAGAGGAAGGUGACCUAAAACAAAGAAUAUGGGUAGAAUCGAAAAAGAUAUGGAGGGUUGCGUUGCCAGGUGUCAUAUCAAGGGUUUGUGCAUUCGGAACUAUUGUUGUCACUCAGUCAUUUAUUGGACAUAUUAGUGACAUAGAUCUUGCUGGCUACGCACUUGUUCAAACACUUAGUGUCCGAUUUGUCAACGGAAUACUUUUGGGAAUGUCAAGUGCAACCGAAACCCUUUGUGGACAAGCAUUUGGGGCCGGACAACACCAUAUGAUGGGUAUUUACUUGCAACGAUCAUGGAUCGUUGACUUGAUCACUUUGACCGUUUUGCUCCCAGUUUUCAUCUUUGGUACCCAAAUCUAUAAACUUGUUGGUGAGGAAGAAGCGAUAGCAAACAGUGGCGGAUACAUAUCAUUAUGGUUCAUUCCUUUUGUCUAUAACUUUGUUUUUAGCUUGACUAUACAAAUGUAUCUACAAGCACAGUUAAAGAACAUGGUUAUUGCAUGGCUUUCGGUUUUCCAAUUCGGUAUCCAUAUACCUUUGUCACUGCUUUUCGUGUAUAAGCUGAACAUGGGGAUCGCGGGUGCCAUGAUUGCACUCUCGAUGUCUUCGUGGUUUCUUGUGAUUGGGGAAUUCAUAUACAUUUUUGGAGGAUGGUGUCCUAAUUCAUGGAAAGGGUUUACGGUAGCUGCCUUUAAGGAUCUUGUUCCUGUUGUGAAGCUCUCAUUAUCAUCUGGUGUGAUGGUCUGCUUGGAGUUAUGGUACAAUGCUGUUCUGGUCUUACUUGCCGGAUACAUGCAAGAUGCCGAAGUUGCAAUAUCCGCCUUCUCGAUUUGCCUGAACGUUAACGCAUGGGAAUUCAUGAUAAGCCUUGGUUUCUUAGGUGCUGCAUGCGUUCGGGUGGCGAAUGAAUUAGGGAGGGGAAAUGCGAAAGCAGUAAGGUUUUCUAUACAAGUCUUGUUGGGGACUUCCAUUGCUAUCGGGGUGUUCUUCUUUGUUCUUUGUUUGGCCUUUGGCAAAAAACUCGCGUACAUGUUCACAGAUGAUGAAAGAGUUGCAGAUACCGUAUCAGAUCUUUCUUUGCUUCUCUCUUUCUCGGUUUUGUUGAACAGCAUUUACCCUGUACUCUCUGGGGUGGCGGUUGGAGCGGGUUUGCAGUCAGCUGUAGCAAUCGUUAACCUCGUUUGCUUUUACCUCAUUGGUAUUCCAUUGGGAGCUUUGCUCGGAUAUCUAACGAGUCUUGAAGUUAAGGGUAUAUGGAUCGGAAUGAUUGGUGGUGUUUUAACACAAACGAUUACGCUUGUAUACAUGACUUGGAGAACAGACUGGGAUGAUCAGGUCAAAAAGGCUUCAGAACGCCUCACGCGAUUUUACUUAAACUCGGACGGGCAAGUUUCUAACUAGUUGCGGUCUUAGUCCAUCUGCAUAUAUCUUUUCUAUUUUUAUCUGUAUUUUUUUUUUUUUUUUUGAAUUUCAGACCAUUAAUUCUUUUAUACCAACUGUUUUAGUAGAAACAAUAAUGAUAAAAUUUAUAAUAAUGCAUUAGAGAAAAUUAACAACAUGAAUGUUGACAAUUGUAUACUAUUGAGAAUGAGAAUGAGAAUGAGAAUGAGAAUGAGAAUGAA